AUGCAGGAGCCGGGCUGCUCGGAUCCUCGGAUCCCCGGACCCCGCCCUCUGCGGGCCUCCCUGGCAGCGGUGCUGGCGCCCGCGGAGCGCGGGCCCUUCCAUGGAAUUCCAUUCCCUCUGCUUUCUUUUCUUCCUGAACGAGGGGAAAAGUGUUCCGCGAAGCGGCAGCGCCUUUCCGCCUCGCCUUCCCCUCCCUGCCCCCGGUCUGGGCUCCCGUCCGGGCGCGAGCCGGUGGGGCGAGCGCUGGAAGCCCCUCUGCGCCCCGGAGCGCAGGGCGCGGGGCCGCCUCCCGCGCCCGCACAUGGCUGCGGCCACCCCGCGCGCACCCCGAGGCGCCGCGCCCAGCUCGCCCAAGGUCCGUCGGCUGCGCCCCGCCGUCCCGCAGCCAGGCAGCGGCUGAGCGGGGAAGCGCCCGCGUCCGGAGGUCGGGAUGUCCCUCCUCCUCCUCCUGCUAGAUGUCUUUCUGUUUCAGUUUCCUACUACACUGGAACCUUGGGGACUCACACUGAGAUCAAGAGAGUGGCAGAGGAAAAGGUCACCUUGCCCUGUCACCAUCAACUGGGGCUUCCAGAAAAAGACACCCUGGAUAUUGAAUGGCUGCUCACUGAUAAUGAGGGGAACCAAAAAGUGGUGAUCACUUACUCCAGUCGUCACGUCUACAAUAACUUGACUGAAGAACAGAAGGGCCGAGUGGCCUUUGCUUCCAAUUUCCUGGCAGGAGAUGCCUCCCUACAGAUUGAGCCUCUGAAGCCCAGUGAUGAGGGCCGGUACACCUGCAAGGUGAAGAAUUCAGGGCGCUAUGUGUGGAGCCAUGUCAUCUUAAAAGUCUUAGUGAGACCAUCCAAGCCCAAGUGUGAGCUGGAAGGAGAGCUGACAGAAGGAAGUGACCUGACUUUGCAGUGUGAGUCAUCCUCUGGCACAAAGCCCAUUGUGUAUUACUGGCAGCGAAUCCGGGAGAAGGAGGGAGAGGAUGAACAUCUGCCUCCCAAAUCUAGGAUUGACUACAACAACCCUGGACGAGUUCUGUUGCAGAAUCUCACCAUGUCCUCCUCUGGACUUUACCAGUGCACAGCAGGCAACGAGGCUGGGAAGGAAAGCUGUGUGGUGCGAGUGACCGUACAGUAUGUACAAAGCAUCGGCAUGGUUGCAGGAGCAGUGACAGGCAUUGUGGCUGGAGCUCUGCUGAUUUUCCUCCUGGUGUGGCUGCUAAUUCGAAGGAAAGACAAAAAGAGAUAUGAAGAAGAGGAGAGACCUAAUGAAAUUCGAGAAGAUGCUGAAGCACCAAAAGCCCGCCUUGUGAAACCUAGCUCCUCUUCCUCAGGCUCUCGGAGCUCACACUCUGGCUCUUCCUCCACUCGCUCCACAGCAAAUAGUGCCUCACGCAGCCAGCGGACACUGUCGACUGAAGCAGCACCCCAGCCAGGGAUGGCCGCCCAGGCAUACAGCCUAGUGGGGCCAGAGGGGAGAGGUUCUGAACCAAAGAAAGUCCAUGCUACCCUGACCAAAGCAGAAACCACACCCAGCAUGAUCCCUAGCCAGAGCAGAGCCUUCCAAACUGUCUGAAUUAGAAUGGACUUGACUCCCGUGCUUUCCUAGGAGUCAGGGUCUUAGGACUCUUCUAGUCAUUGGAGCUCAGUCACCAGCCACACAAUCCCCUCGAACCAGAUGAAAGGCCAUUUAAGUAGCAGUGAGCAUUGCAUGGAACAUAUUCAGAAGAGCACUUUCCUUAUAUGACACCAAACAAGCAAAGGAUGUAAGCUGAUCAUCUCCAAAAAGGCAUCUCAUUGUGCCUUCAGACCAGAGUAGGGGAAAGCAGGGUCCAAA